UGUAGGUGAUGAUGGCGGAAGAGGAUCACCGUUGAGUUCUCGCUCUGUUAUUCUUUUUAAUUUUUUUUUUUUUUUAUAAAAUACUGUUACAAAAAAUACUCUAAUACUCCUUGUCUCUAUUAACCGAGAUCAUGGGGAACGAAGCCAGCAUGGAGGGUGGAGAGCAACCCGGGGAAACAGGAUCUGGCAUCUCCACGGCAGGAGCUCCGGGUUCCAUUUCAGCACCAGCGGGCUCUGGACAGCUCAUCAAGCCCAGCAAUGGAGUUGCAGUCGGGGGUGGAGCGGCGGCCGGACCCACGGCAGGGAUUAACGGCCUGUCGGGGAGACCCAACCAAAUUAAUCCUGUGGCCAGUCCGAAACCAUCGUCUCAAGCUGGCUAUGCUGACAGCAGAACAGGGGGUGGAGGGCACACCGAGCCCUAUCGGCUAGCUGCCCAUGACAACCCCAGAGAACAGAAGACCCAGGGGCCAGGGCAAGGUCAGGGGCAGGGACAGGGGCCCCAUCACUCCCUCCACGUGGACACCAGCGUGGGGUCAGGGAAGUCACCCUCGGUCUCGCCCUGCACCACGCCCACAUCACCCUACUCUGUGCCCCAGAUCGCCCCGAUGCCCAGCAGCAAAGUGUGUCCCCUCUGCAAAACCACCGAUCUGACAGUCCUGCACAACCAGCCAAACUUCAACACCUGUACCCAGUGCCGCUCCACAGUGUGCAACCAGUGUGGGUUCAACCCCAACCCACACCUCACUGAGGUCCAGGAGUGGCUGUGUCUGAACUGUCAGAUGCAGAGGGCUUUAGGAAUUGACAUGAUCACCACUCCACAAUCCAAGAGCCAGCAGCAGAUCCACUCGCCCUCCCACCAAGCCAAACCCCAGCCACAGCCCCAGCCCCAGACUCAGGCCAAGCCUCAGGCCCAACCCUCCCAGCCUGCAUCAGGGCAGCAGAAGCAAGCUGGCCCCACAUCGGUCAGUCAAACUGGGCCACAUGAGGGGCCCGUUCCUCACCAACCAAAAUCAGAGCAAUCUCCCCAGCGAGGGCCAUCCAACCAGGGUCAGGCUAAUCAGGAGCCCCCUGGGAGUAGGGUCCCCCAAGGGAUGGCACCCAGCCAGAGUUUGGCGAAACCAGACCAGAACCGAGGAGUCGGAAGCUCCCCGGCCAGGGCGCCCGGUGGACCUCAGGAACCAGCGCAAGAUGGCAUAACUGGGAAGCUGUUUGGGUUUGGGGCCUCGCUGUUGAAUCAAGCUAGCACUCUCAUUUCAGCGGACCCCCAGCCCACAGCGUCCCCCCAGCCGUCUCCUGCCAAGGUGGCUUCCAGGGUGGUGUUCAGUGAUGCAAGUUCCGCUUCUGCCCCCAAAGCCCAGGCACCUCCAGCAGCAGCCACCCAGGGAAAGCCUGGUAGCAGCCCUGCUCAGCAGCAGCAGCAGCAAAAACCACAGCAACAGCAACAUCAAGCACCCCAACAAAAGACGCAACAUCAGCCAGAACAACAGCAAGCAAGGCAGGAGCCGGCACCCAAGCCCAAGGAACCGGAGAACCCCAAAGUGACGUGCCCUCUGUGUAAAACUGAACUGAACGUGGGCUCUGGGCAACCACCCAACUACAACUCCUGCACGCAGUGUCACAUACAGGUGUGCAACUUGUGUGGCUUCAACCCGACCCCACAUCUGGUGCAGGUAAGAGAGAGUGGCUUUCUGUCAUCCCUGGCCACAGUGUGCUUGGCGGCAUUAGGAUCUCCAAAGUUCCAAAGGUUUGUUCCAAAGUGCAGGGACAAGAAAAUUGAGUCACUUGGCAGUAAAGGGCAGCCAACUUGA